GGUCAGAAGUCAGAUAGCCGAGGAGGGCCGACUGUCUUGGCCGACCCGACGAUAGCCUACUCACUCUCAGUUGUUACUAUUAGGUAGUAGCCCACCUCAAAUACCCGGAAUAGCGACUUCUCACCUCACCCUGUAUUGCGUUGCUGGCCAACUCAGGUCAACUUCUGAUUCUCAUCGGCCCAGCCGCCUGUCUCUUUCAAUAUGAUCUCUGUCGCCAGGCCGUCGGUCCUGCGAGUCGCGCGGUCGCAAUUAUGUCCCUCACGGCCGAUCUUCGACGCCCGCUUAUCGGCGCUCCAACGACUACUGUCCACACUCGCGGUGCUUGAACAGCGCGACGGCAAGCUUCAACCCUCCUCGCUCUCUGCCAUUGCCGCAGCACAGAAACUCGGAGGCUCGAUAACAGGGUUCGUCGCCGGGAGCGGCGUGAAGGGCAGUGCUGCCACCGAAGCCGCGAAGAUCAAAGGCGUGGAAAAAGUCGUGGCGGUAGAGAAUGACGCUUAUGAGAAGAGCUUGCCAGAAAAUUACGCCCCGCUACUCGUCGAGACCGUCAAGAAUGGAGGAUUCACACAUGUGAUUGCUGGCCACUCGGCAUUUGGCAAGAACAUUCUACCUCGUGUCGCUGCUCUUCUCGAUGUCCAACAGAUUUCUGAUAUCACCGCUAUUGAGAGCGAAGACACCUUCGUCCGACCCAUCUAUGCCGGUAACGCUAUUCUUACCGUUCAGUCACAAGACCCGAUUAAAGUCAUCACCGUCCGAGGCACUGCUUUCCAAGGAGUCGAAACCGAGGGCGGAUCUGCAGAGAUCGUGGAUGGCGCAGACCCCAAGGCCGAAUCCACCACAGAAUGGGUAUCUGAAGACCUAGCCAAGUCAGACCGACCUGAUCUCGGAACCGCAUCUCGCGUCGUUUCCGGCGGUCGAGGCUUGAAAUCAAAGGAGGAAUUCGAUCGCAUCAUGGUUCCCUUGGCCGACUCCCUUGGUGCUGCCAUUGGCGCCUCUCGUGCCGCCGUUGACAGUGGCUAUGCCGACAACAGUCUCCAGGUCGGUCAGACUGGGAAGAACGUUGCUCCCCAACUCUACCUUGCUGCCGGUAUUUCGGGUGCUAUUCAGCAUUUGGCUGGUAUGAAGGACAGCAAGGUCAUUGCGGCUAUCAACAAAGACCCCGAAGCCCCGAUUUUCCAAGUCGCAGAUGUGGGAUUGGUAGGAGAUUUGUUCGAGAAGGUUCCGGAGUUAACGGAAAAGUUAAAGAAGUAAAUGAUGUAUUGUAUAUCAGAUUUAUAAACAGCUUUGGUUUGGUAAGAGUUUUAGCAUACAUAUACUGUGAACAUUUGAACGCUCCAGAUAUAAAAAAGAAUUACAAAAACUAGAAUAUUCUUGAA